AUGGGACCAGGUAAGAAAUACAGAAAACAACACAAAUAUGUUUCUACUACAUUUUCCAAAUUUUUGUUUAUUCUACAAGGCGAUCAUGGAACAGCAGUUGUUAUCAACCCAGAUCAGUUAUCGUAUGACGAAAGAAUUUUAUACAAAAGCUUAAGGGAAAAAUAUGGUUUCAAUACAUUUGUCAGUGAUCUGAUAUCUCCACACAGAUCACCAGGAAUUCUUCUUCACGAACAAUGUAGACAACUGACAUACACCGUGUCCGAUCAAGUUAGUGUUAUCAUUGCCUUCAGAAAUGAAUAUUGGAGCGUACUUCUCCGAACUAUCCAUAGUAUUUUGAACAGAACUCCGCCACAUCUUUUAAGGGAGAUAAUUUUGGUUGAUGAUGGAUCUGAUGAUGAUGCAUUAAAAGGAAAACUUGACAUUUAUGUUUCUUAUCUCAGAAACGUACGUAUUUUGCGAAGGAAAAAUUCAACCGGACUAAUGUCAGCAAAGCAGCAUGGGAUUGACCAAUCACAUACUGAUAUCAUAGUUGUCAUGGAUUCUCAUCAUGAAGUAGCAGAUGUAUGGUUGGAACCUCUAAUUGACCACCUAAAAAAGAAUCCACGAACACUCGUAGUUCCAGAUGUUGGUAUAAUUGAUCGUGAUCGUUUCAAUAUCUAUAUUUCCGAUUUUAAUAAGACAAACUUUAAGGUGUUUGCGUUUGACUUCAAUUUGGAUCAAAAAGUCAUACCGCUUAAAAGAGAAUAUUUAGAAAGCAGAGAAAAAUUUUGGGCUUCUCCAAUAAGAAUACCCAGUAUAAUAGGUAAUCUAUUUGCUGCCAACAAGACUUUCUUCCAGAAAUUGGGAGGAUUUGAUACAGGAAUGGAAAUUUGGGGAGCUGAACAGAUGGAGUUAUCCAUUAAGUAUAUUUUAUGCGGGGAUGGUAUAUAUGCCUUACCAUGUUCAAAAGUCGUACAUCUUUUUAGAGUAAUUCCAUGGCAUCUCAACGAUAAAAAUGUGUCAAACGAGUAUCGUGUUGCUGAAGUAUGGCUUGAUGAAUAUAAGCAUAUUUUUUUGGAGCAGAAGGGGGAUAGCAAGCUGAAGACAGGAGAUGUAGCUGCUAGGAAACGUAUUAGGGAAGUUAAUAACUGUAGACCGUUUAAAUAUUAUAACAAGAUAGCCAAUGCAUUGAUAGAUGGUUACUAUAUUCCUGGUGACAAUAGAGUACGUGGAAUGAUCAGGUUAAUGAAUGCGCCAGACGUGUGUCUUGAUAAUGGUGGUAAGGGUGGUCUAUAUCGUUGUCAUUCUAACGGAGGAAAUCAGGUUCAACUUAAUUAUACUACGAAAUUACGUAUUGUCAUUCAUACUGAAAAUGAUAUGUUUGCUUAUCUAAAAUAUUGGGAAUUAACAAAGGAUUACGAGCUACGUCACAACUAUGUGUGUGUUGUGGAGGGAGCAAAGUUCAAAGAUUGCAACCCUAGGAAACGUGUCCAAUGGGAUUAUUUAAAAGAUAACAGAAUUCAACUGAAAGGAUCUGACACGUGUUUAUCGGCUACUAAUAAUUACACGAAGAUUGCACUAAGAUUGUGUUCUACAUCGGUGAAACAAUUAUGGAUAUGGAAACGUUGA